AUGUUAUCAUUAUUAAAUAAUUGUUAUCGUGGUCCAUCAUCAGUAUGUUUUCAUUGGAGAGAAAUUUGUGAUGGAAUCAAUGAUUGUUUAAAUGGAGAAGAUGAACAAUUAUGUGAAUUAUUAGAAAUAAAUCAAUGUAGUAAUAAUGAAUUUCGAUGUCAUUUUGGUGAACAAUGUAUUUCAUCAAAAUUUGUUGAUGAUGGAAAGAUGAGUACUGAUUAUCUCGAUGCUACAGAUGAAUUAAAUUCAAAAUUCUAUCAUAGAGAUGCAAUUGAUUAUCGAUGUCAUCAAAAUUCAAUAUUUCAGUGUGAAGAACUUACUGGAUCACGUUCUUUUACUUAUUUAUGUCCUCGAAUAAUGACUCUUGUCGGUACAGUUAAUCCUAUUUUAGGUGAACAACUUUGUAAUUAUUAUCGAAAUUCCCAAAUAUUGUUCAAAAUGUUUUAUUCAUUAGAUCAUAUCUUAAAUUUAUUUUGUCGAGAAGCAUUAUAUUAUUUAUUUGACAAGUUUUUCGAUCUUUACAUUCUAAAUAAACCUUUCUAUAUUAAUCAUUAUCAAUCUCUUAUGAAGAAUUGUUCAUCAGAAUGGCUUUUAUUACCUGAAUAUCCUGUUUUAUUUAAUUUCUUUCAAUUUGUUUAUUUAACAAAUCGAUCAUUUAAUAGAAUAGAAGAAUAUAUUACACCUGAUUUUAUUUGUUUUAAUGCAAGUCAAUGUUCGAAAUUAUUAUUUUGUUCAAUUGAUAUUGGAAUAGAUAAUGGAUUGAAUUGUUGUAAACGUGAAAAUUUAAUAAAUAAAACAUUAGAUUAUUGGAAUGAUUUGAAUAAUAUUUUUAAAGAUUUAAUUGAACAAUGUUCAAAAAUUGUUGAUGGUGAUAAUGAUUGUUAUUAUAAAGAAGAUGAACAAUUUUCUACUUGUCAAUUAAAUGAUUCAACUCGAUUUAUUUGUGCAUCAAAUUUUAAUAAAUGUUUAUCAAUGAUUGCUGUUAAUGAUGGAAAAUCUGAUUGUCAAAAUGGAGAAGAUGAAUGGCCUAAUAAUCGACGGAAUAUAUUAAUAAAUAAAGCACCACCAAUUGGAAUUUUUUGUGAUAAUGAAACCAAUUGUGAAUGGUGGCCAUGUAAUAAUAUAUAUAGUCGAUGUGAUAAUCAAUGGCAUUGUCUUAAUGGUUAUGAUGAACUUAAUUGUCCUCAAACAAAUUGUUCAUUAAAUGAACAUAAAUGUUAUUAUGGAGAUUAUCAAUAUUUAUGUAUACCAGUUGAUCAUCUAAUAGAAAAAUAUUCAAACUGUGAUGAAUCAUAUAUCAUUCGUAAAAUUUAUUUAAAUAAUCAAAUAUAUUAUAAUUCAAUGAAUUAUUUUUUAUGGAAUAAAACAAAAUGUAUUACUUCAGAACAAAUUUGUUUAAAUCAGUCAUUAUCAUAUAUGAAAGAUGAAGAUGUAUGUUUAAUAGAGACAAAAUUAGUACCUAUAUAUAAAAUGGUCAUUUCUUUAAUACAAUCAGAAGAUUAUUUCAUGUGUGAAAUGGAAAAUAACUUUUAUGAUAAAAGAAAUCGAAAAUUAUUUUUGAAAACAUCACGAUUGAAUUCUUUACCAUCAAUUUCUCCUGUUGUUUCUAUGAAAAAAUCUAAUCAAUUUUCAAAAACUAAACCUAUUACUACAAAGAUAUACAAAAAAACUUGGUAUUGUCAUCGAGGAAUUCCUCUUCUAUUCAAAAAUAAUAGUAUUAACAAAUGUUUGUGUCCUCCUACUUGUUUUGGUAAUCAAUGUCAAUGGCAAAAUCAACGUAUUAGUUUGACAAUUCAAUUUCUAUAUGCUAAUAUUACAAAUCCUAUAUCGAUAUUUCAAGUUAUUAUUAUGAUUAUUAAUGAAGAAGAAGAUAUUGAACCUUAUCAUGAACAAAUAAUAUAUGUACCUAAACGUGAUUGUACAACAAAGUUUAAUAUUUAUUUACUUUAUCCAAAUCGACCAAAAAAUAAUUUAUCAAAUUAUUCAAUACGUAUUGAUAUAUUUGAUAAAAUAACAUUAACAUAUUGGGUAAGUUGGCAUUUAUCAAUUCUAUUUCAAUUUUUACCUGUUAAUCGAAUAGCUACUCAAUUAUUUAUUCCAAGCAAUCAACAAUUAAAAUCUUGUUCAUUAUUUUGUGGAAAUCAUGGAAAAUGUAUUUCAUAUAUUAAUAAAAAAAUUUUAUAUUUUUGUCAAUGUGAUCAACGUUAUUCUGGUAAUCAAUGUCAUAUAAAACAUAACUGUUCUUGUUCAUCUGAUUCUUAUUGUCUUACUUCUUCGAUUUGUAUUUGUCCAAUAUAUAAAUUUGGUCAAAAUUGUUAUUUAAAACAUUCAAAUUGUCAAUUAUUAAAUAAAUCAUGUGAAAAUAAUGGAUUAUGUAUACCAAAUGAUGAUAGAAUUGCUAUUAAUAGUUUAACAUGUUUAUGUCAAGAAAAUUUUGUUGGAAAUAAAUGUGAAAAGAAUAUUCAAAGUAGAGUUGAUUUAGAAUUUUAUGAAGAUCUUAUUCAAAGAGAAUCACUUAUAUUUGCACAUUUUAUUACAACAUUUGAAAAUUCUGAACAUCAAUCUAUAACAACAUUAUAUAAAAUAAAAUAUGGAAUAAAUAUAAUAACAAUUUAUAUAAAACAACCAUUUCAUAUUUUACUUAUUGAAUUUUCGAAUCAUAAUUAUUAUUUAACUGUAUUAAGAGAAAUAUUUAUUCAAUCAGAAUAUAUUAAAACAAAAAUUCAAUUGAAUACUCGAUAUAAUUCAAUACAACAAAUAAUGAAUUCAACAUUUCAAACUUAUUCAUAUCUUCAUCGUAUUAAAUAUUAUCCAUAUUUUUGUCGACAAUAUAAAGAAUUAACGUGUUUUUAUGAUGAAAAUUAUAUGUGUCUAUGUGAUCUUGAUCGAUAUUCAAAUUGUUUUCUAUUUAAUCAUUCAAUAAUUUAUAAUUGUCAAGGUUAUAAUGAUUGUCAAAAUGAUGGUCAAUGUUUUCCAAAUAAUGCAACAUGUCCUAGUAUAUCAAUAUGUAUAUGUUCAGAUUGUUUUUAUGGUUCAAAAUGUCAAUUUACAACACGAGGUUUUGUUUUAUCUCUUGAUUAUAUUCUUGGUUAUCAUAUUAAACCAAAUAUAUCAUUUACUCAUCAAUCAUCAUUUAUCAAAGUUAGUGUUGCUAUUACAAUGAUUAUAUUUUUAUUUGGUAUAAUUAAUGGAAUUUUAUCAAUAUUAACAUUUCGUAUGAAAAAAACAAGAGAUGUAGGUACUGGUUUCUAUUUAUUAGUUUCGUCAUGGAUAUCAAUAUGUUUAGUAAUUGUAUUAUUAUUUAAAUUUUGGCAAUUAGUUUUAUUACAAAUGAGAAUUCUUACAAAUCGAUCAUUUUUUACUAUUAAUUGUAUUUUAUUGGAUGGAAUUAUUAGAAUUCUAUUAGCUACAACUGAUUGGCUUUAUGGAUUGAUUUCAAUGGAACGAGUUAUAGCUGCCAUUCAAGGUGUAAAAUUUAAUAAAACGAAAAGUAAAAAAAUGUUUCGAUGGAUAACAUUAAGCAUUGUCAUUUUAAUAAUUCUAACUCAUAUUCAUGAUCCUCUUCAUCGUCAUUUAAUUGAUGAUAUUGAUGUAAAUGAACAACGAAUUUGGUGUUUAGUUGGAUAUUCGAAUUCAAUUAGUACAUUGAUUUCAUUUAUUACACUCGUUCAUUUUCUUAUUCCUUUUUCAAUAAAUUUAAUCUGUACUAUAUUUAUGAUUUACUCUAUUGCUCGAUCUCGUUUUACUAUUCAACCAAAAUUAUCAUUUGCAGAGCAUUUUAAAUUACAAUUGAAACAACAUAAACAUCGUCUUAUUGCAUCAUUUAUAUUAGUAUUAUUAGCAUUACCUCGAUUGAUUAUUUCAUUUAUAAAUGGAUGUAUGAAAUUACCACGUAACUCAUGGUUAUAUCUAUUUGCUUAUUUAAUUUCAUUUUUUCCAUCAAUAAUAACAUUUAUUAUCUAUGUAUUACCAUCGAAAUUGUACAAAAAUGAAUUUAAUACCUCUAUUCAGCAAGCAAUACGACGAUUUCGUCACACAUUACUUUUAAGAAACAGCUAG